UGUGACGUCACGGGGAUGGAAUCAAUAUCGCGCCGGUGCCCUCCCUCCGUCGUCGUCGUCGUCGUCGUCGUCGUCGUUGGUCCUCGCGGGACGGCGGACGGUCGACUGCCUCAGUACGUGGUGGCCUCCGCGACUGUACGGGACGACGGCACGUUCCGGCAGCGUCGUUCCGACGACGACGACGACGACGACGACGACGACGGCGACGGCGACGGCGACGAUCACGACCGCAACGACGAGGACGUGGACAAGGACGACAACGAGGACGACGACGACACGCCGGUCCGUCUGACACUCCGGUCCCGGCUCGUCCCGCGGUCCGUCGCUCACCCCCUUCCGGGACCGGUGACUGCACUUUCUCCGCUUGUACGCGAAACUGAUUAUAUCCGUCUUCGUCGCCGGUGAUCCUCCGAUUCGGCCGCUGGUACCCCAUAGUCGUCGCCGCAUCGACCGCGCUGGUAACUGGUCCCACGUACAAUGAAGUAGUCAUGGUCGUUGCGGGUUGCUGAAUCG